AUGUUUAGGCGCCCGAGACAAACCGAGCCCGAUGGGCUCUCAACAAGACUGAGCGAAACGCUUCAACCCAUCACUGUGAUUCCCUGGUCAGCGCUCGCAAUGUGGUAUCUGGGCGUCCCCAUCGCUGUCGGGGCCCCCAUUAUUGUGGUGCAAGACGACGACUAUCCAGCCGCCAUAGCAAGGCUCGAGAGCGCAGGAUUCACCCGAAGUGUUCCAAAUCGUACCCCUGCGCCCGAAAUCAUGGAGGACCAUCCAAACCCACGGCAAAUGGUGGAGAAAAUAAAUGCUGGCUACAAGCGCUUGGAUCGGUCCUGUGCAGUAUUUGAUUAUCCACAUGGCGACCCGGAAGAGAAAGGCUUGCAGCUGUACUUGUUUCCGGACUCCUUUGCGCACCUUUUCCCGGAAGAAAAUAUCCCCGGCCCUUCAGCCGAAGUGAAAGAUACGGCGCCAACGGAGCGAUUCAACGCCUACGGUAAUUUGCGCUACGCACUGGAACAAGCCCUUGUGGAAAGUUUUGUUAAGGCUGCGAUCGAGGAAGAGUCCGAGACUGGCUUUUCGGCGUGGGGCGAGUCACUGAGGGGCUGGGUAUCUAUGAUGACAGGAUAUCUGGAGGUUGAUAAUGAUGUCCUUGAUCAUUGUUCGGAUCAACAGGCAGUGGAAUGGUAUAGUCACAACUUUGGUCGAAUCCGCGAGGCCAAAUUUGGUCCCAUGGAUCGGCGCAUUUCAAAACGUCUCGGCUCGGGAAAAGAGAUGCCAAUAGAUAUGAGGGGGAAUCGUAUUUGA